AUGGCAUCCAUAAUCCACAAGGGCCUCGACCACGGCGACGAUCGAGACCGUCCUUGGGUUACAAUGCAGAUUCUGGGCAAGGCAUGCCCGUGGUGGAACAUGCAAAAGCAGUGCCAUUGGCUGGGCGAAUCUGAAGCGCAGAUCCACCAGAAUCUUUCCAACGACUGUGAUUCGCAGCAGUGGAUGCUGUACCUGAAUCUAGACCCCUGGCUCACUCGAUUUGCGCCUCUUCAAUGCAAUGCUGGCGUCAGCCGGCAGCGCCAUGUGGGACAGACAGCCGAGUUUGGGCCUGAUGGGGGAUAUCCAUCGUGGACAGCUGGUUGA